CCUACUUACGUCAGUGAGUUGCCUCCACCAGGUCGCAGUUCCUUGGACAACACAGAGAUGGCAUACGCCCGCCAGAUUUAUAUGUAUAAUGAGAAGAUUGUGAACGGGCAUCUUCAGCCUAAUUUGGUAGACCUUUGUGCUACUGUGUCAGAAUUGGAUGAUAAGAACAUUGCUGACUUGUGGGCCAUGGUGAAGCAAAUGACAGAUGUUCUGCUGGUUCCCGCCAGUGACGCAUUGAAAAUACGGACGAGCAUGGAGGUGCAGAUGGAGUUUGUAAGGCAGGCCUUACAAUAUCUUGAGCAGAG